AUGAAGAUCUUCUCCCUCCUCGCAGUUUCUGCUCUCGGUCAAUUCGAUGAAGACGGUGUCUACGACGGCGAAGGCUGGAUGACGAACGGCAUCGUCGAAGCUGAUGAGAAUGACUCAUCACCACCCGGUCGAUCGUUUGGUCUCGCCAGAACUGGUGAUCGAGGCCUUCCAGGAUCGAGAAGAUACGCGGAUCUCGAGCAGAUGGCGAAGAGAACUUGGAAGAACGCCGGGUUCAAGAAAAAGGACAGGUUCGACAGUAGAAAGUACUGGGCCUACGGAUGCCACUGCUAUUUGCUCGGCGAUCGACCUCUUAGUGAGAUGGGCAAGGGAACUCCAAAGGACGGUUUGGACAGCAAAUGCAAGCGCUACAAAGACUGCCAAAAAUGCGCCCGAGAAGAGUUUGGCGAAAGCUGCAUCGGUGAAUUCGUCCAGUACACUUGGAAGUAUUCCAGGAAGCAGGGCGAUUUCAUCACUCGAGAUGCAGUUGGAACAUGCGAAAACGCGCUCUUCCAGUGCGACAAGCAGUUUGUAGCGGAUACUCUCGCCGUCAAAGACAUCUUCGACGAACAGUACCACGCUUUCUGGGGCAACUUCGACAAUCGAGACCCCGACAACUGCCCAAGCGGUGGUGGAGGAAUUCCAGCGCCGCAUCAGUGCUGUGGAGGAGACGGAUUUCCUUACCAAUGGAUGAACGAAAACAGAAACAAGUGCUGCAACAACGAAGUCAUCGGCAUUUCCGACAUGUGCUACUAA